UAACGAACCAUAAACGGGUAUAUAGUAUAAACUGUGAACGGAUCUUCCUAAGUCCAGACUCCAGACACGACAUGGUGGUGAUUUUAAGUUUUAGCCAUCGUCCCUUCCUCCGCGUUCCGCAAUAGAGGUUAUAUUUGUUUUUAUGUUUUCUAUAUGAAGAGAAAGAGAUAGAAUUACCAGAGGUUGUAGCAUUAUUGGCAUGGUUCUGGUGCUGCUAAUUUACUGUAGAUAUGGGAUUUAGUUUAUAUACUUACUGAGAUGUUGCGGUUUCUGUGUAAGAGGCGUGCUGCUACUGCUUUCGUUUCGAGAUGCAGAAGCUUUAGUAGUGGAGUUGAUUGUGGGAAUGGGAGCUCAACAUUUGCUGUCAUGAGCUUUGGGGAUGGCAGCCAGGGGGCUUUGGGCUUGCCGUCCUCCGUAAUCGGUUUCGGGGCUGAUGCUUAUGAGCCAACUAUAGUACCUGGGCUCCCACCUGAUGUUGUGAGUGUUAGUGCUGGGCACUAUCACUCUCUUGCCGUGACAGCUGAAGGGGAGUUGUGGGCUUGGGGUAGAAAUAACGAGGGUCAGCUUGGUAGAGAUCUUCUUGAACCGAGAAAUUUAUGGAAUGAGCCAAAGAGAGUGGAAGGACUAAGCAACGUGAAAGUUCAAGCUGCAUUUGCUUCUGGUGUAAUUUCUGUUGCGAUUGGUGAUGAUGGCUCUAUUUGGACAUGGGGAAGGUCUAAGCGUGGGCAGCUUGGACAUGGGAAAGGACUAAUGGAGGCUCUUAUGCCAUCCAGAGUGAAAGCACUCGCUGGAGAAGAUAUAACCAAGGUUUCACUUGGUUGGGGACAUGUUCUUGCACAAACAGCUGAUGGAAAACUUUUUGGCUGGGGCUAUUCAGCUGACGGAAGACUUGGACGACUGGAAGAGACGGUCAAAACCUCACCGUUGGACUCAAAUGCUGAAUUACCCAGAAGGCACAAGAUGACCCCCUCUGAAGCCCUAGACGUUGCUGAGAAACUUGUCUUAGAAAGUAUAGAGAAGGAAAAGGACAUGCCAAUCGUGUGGGAACCAUAUUUAAUAGAAGAACUACAGUCCCUUCCAGUGACUGAUAUCUCCUGUGGUCUUGAUCACUCGCUACUCAUGUGCGGUGAUAACACCAUGCUAAGUGGGGGAAGUAACAUAUACGGUCAGUUGGGGAGGGAGCAUCAAGGUGUAGGCCUAUUUCCAGUUGACAUCAGCUUUCGUUCACUGUCAGUUGCUUCUGGGUUGGGACAUUCCCUGGCAAUAUGUGAAUUACCAACAGCAGGGGGCAAUAUUUUCAGAAAAGCCUUAUUUUCGUGGGGAUGGAAUGGGAGUUCUCAGCUCGGAAGGCAAGGCCCCGAGAGCAAACCAUUGGUGGUGGAAGGCUUGCUCGAGGAGAAUCCUGCAACGGUUUCUUGUGGUCGUGUGCAUUCACUUGCCACUACUAGCACUGGGGAGUUGUGGGCUUGGGGUUGUGGUAAAAAUGGGAGGCUCGGUUUAGGGAGCUCUUUUGAUGAAUCAGAGCCAACCUUGGUUGAUAUCGGAGAUUACAAAGUUGUCCAAGCUGUAGCAGGGUUUGAUCACAAUCUACUCUUGGUUGCUGUUACAUGAGCUAAUAUGCAGGUUCUGACAUUCUGUUUUGUUAUUCAUGGCUUGAAUCGUUUGAUAGUGGUAGUUAGGAAUGUACAAUGAUUGUUGGAACCAAGAUCUGUACUGUUGGUAUAUCCAUUCUCUAUUUGGCAGUUUGGCCUCAUAUGCCAAGCUUCUCGCAGAACAUUACAAGAGUUCAUGUUGAAAAAGUGUUUAGUCAAUGCUCCUAGACUUUUUAUUGACAACGUGUAAGUUGACGUCUUUAACUGGGACAAGUUGUUAGGAAAAAUUGUUAAAUAAACCAACCUUUGAAUGAUCUUCCCAUUUUAAGUAUAUAUAUUUUCAUUAUUUCUGAUUGA